GUCUGGAUCAGCUGCUUCUGUCUGAUCAGGACUCUCUCUCUCUGAGCUCGACUGCUUCUGUCUGUCAGAUCCAGCAUGGCGGUCUCUGCAUCUUCUCGUGAUCUCUUCACUGAAGGAGUGAGAGCUGUUCUCAACACGUGGCCGGUUCUACAGAUCGCGGUGGAUAACGGGUUUGGAGGAAUGUACGGGCAGCAGAAAGCUGACUGGAUGGUGGAUGUGGUCCAGCAGUACUUCCAUGACAAUGCUGACCUGGAGCGGUGUGAGGUCGAGGACUUCAUUGCUGAACUGAUGAAUCAGGAGUUUGACACAGAGGUGGAUGAUGGGAGUUUACCUCAGGUGUGUGAAAGUCUGGUGCAGUUGUUCAGCCAGUGGCAGCAGGGGGCGGUGCAGCAGCUCAAACACACCAUCAACACUCUCACACAAAAGACGAGUCAGAGGGCAAAGGUCACAGCUGCUCCCUCACAGUCUGAUGAAGACAGUGAUGACGACACACAGGUGAUGGAGUGUGAAUCCUCCGGUCCAUCAGUCAGCAUGAAAGAUCCUCCUCCACCUCCUCCUCCUCAGGAAGAAGACGACGGGUGGACGGUGGUGCGCAAGAAGAAGUGAAGAGGAAGAUGAAGAGCAGUAUGAACUGUUGAACUCAGAAUCAGCUGACCUCUGACCUUAAGGAGGAGCUGUGUGUGAUGCUGAAAAAGACUGUAAUGGUGUCUCGUGGUGUUGUGGUCUGCAGCCUGAAGGGACAGAAGCUUCAUUAAACCGGACUCACUCUGGUUUCUCUGCUUGUUUUUAUAUUAAACCUGUGAAACUCC